GGAGAUGACCGGGAAGAAAUGACAAUGACACCGGAUGGAAAAGACAGAUGAAGAGCUCGACACGUGGAUGAGGGCGAGCAGACGAGCAGAGGUUGCAGGAAGAAGGGGAAGGGACUGGACUGGACUGGACUGGACAGGACAGUGGACGCCUGGACGGGAGGGACUCAGGGAAUCCGUUAAGGCACGAAGCAGGUUCAGGCCACAAAAAAAUGUGACUCGGUGAUCGUCGAUUCUCGUAAGUCAAAAGGCUUUAGUAUUAAUUAUUGGGUUAACUAGUAGUGGCUAG